AUGGAGCCUGAGGUCUCGGAGACUGAGUUCUGGACUGAACUUCAAACGAUCGUCUCCAAGAACUGUGACUCCGAAGACGAGAUCGACGACUCCCUCCGAGCUUAUCUCAGUCUAACAACUCAAUACAAAGAUGAGUACCUCCGGUCGGAAACCGAUAUAUCACGCUGUUCCUACAAGCUAUUUACGUCAAAUAUCUUCGCCUCACAUGCGGACUACGUGCGCCGACAGAUUCUCUACGGUCUCUUGCAGGACGAUGAUCCGAAUACACUCCACUUCAUUGCGUCAUUCAUCCUCUUUGACGGACGAGAGAAUGAAGCAGUGCUUCAGAUGCUGAAUGAGGAGGGCGCGUUUGCACGUCUCCUCGAGCUUAUACAGGCGAUGCGAAGAGCGGAUCUGGAUGGCGACGCCGGUCUUCAUCGUUUGUUGAUGGACCUUGUGUAUGAGAUGUCGAGGAUACAAAGGGUCAAGAUUGAAGAUUUGGUUCUCGUGGAUGACGAUUUCAUUCGUUGUCUCUUUGAUAUCAUCGAAGAUCUCUCUUACGAUGUUACCGAUCCUUAUCAUUACCCCGUGAUUCGGGUGCUGCUGGUUCUGAACGAGCAGUUCAUGAUCUCGGCUCACGAUCCGGUCGACGGCCGGCCCACUGGUCACUUGACCAACAAGGUUAUCAAGGUCCUAUCUGCGUAUGGUGGGAUGUAUAAGACAUUCGGAGAGAACAUCAUUCUUCUUAUCAACCGUGAAGCCGAGACGUCACUUCAGUUGCUCACAUUGAAGCUUCUCUAUCUCAUAUUUACCACCCCUAGCACAUAUGAGUACUUCUUCACGAACGAUCUACAUGUUCUGGUCGAUAUAUUGAUGCGGAAUUUGCUUGAUCUACCCGAGGAGGCCUCCGCGCUGCGGCAUACUUACCUACGUGUUCUUUACCCACUUUUAGCUCAUACACAGCUGCGAAACCCGCCGCACUACAAGCGGGAUGGACUUCGGAGGCUACUCAGCGUUCUUGUUCGGGGCCAAGUCUCAUAUGGGAGCGACCUAGAACACGAGAAAAUCAUGCAUUUCGAAGAGGUCGAUGAAACGACACGUCGACUUGUCGCUCGGUGUGCGACAGUAGAAUGGCUACGCAAUGACGAGCAGCCCGACGCAGCAGAAACCCAAGAAACUCCCAUUCAAGUGACAACAACUACAAUUGAGACGGUCCUGGAUCAAGGCGAGCAGCAUGCGUCACCCAUAGAUAUCGGCGAAUCACUCGACAUCUCUCGCACGCUCUCACGAGGAAGCACAAUCGCUAGCUCACCUGACACAACCUCGCCAACGCGAAUGGACUCGUAUAGUUCGUCCAACGCGCCGGAGAGUCGGAAACACAGCUUAAUCCACCGGCUCGGCAUGAACCUAGAGCCCGCAUCCGUAUCUUCACUAAGCGUUCAAGCCGUUGCAGAACAGCACGAAAAACCAGGCAUAAUAACCCCCAGCCGCAAAGACGGAGUCCCUGUCGCCGCUCUCAAUGGUGAGACACCAAUAAUCCGGCCACCAAAGGUCAAACCCGAACCACCGAAAUCUCGCCGCUGGCGCGGGCGCCGUCUGGCCGUGGAUGAAGAAGAGCACCACUCUACUGGCACAAGCAGCGACAGGAAUACCAUCCCCGAAGGCGUCGAAGUCAGCCCCACCACCGUUCUCACCCCCAGUACACCACCAUCACAGCCACCUACCAAUGAUCACCGCAACUCCGGGUCAGGUUCCACUCUUGCACCCCCAACUUCACGGCCCCGACGGGCUGUAUCAAAUCCACCCCCGGCCCUCCCGCCACCACGCCGUUCCAGUCAUAACACACCUUCCUCAAGUCACCACCGGCCGGUAGUCCCAGCAGCCGGAACAGGCCGACAUGGACAGGCUCCACUUCCGCCAAAAGCGCGUCGUUGGGGACGUGGCAAGCCCCAGCAUGGACCGAGUGACUCAGUCGAGAGCGGGACCAGCAGUGUUAGCCCAUCAAAGGAGUCUGGGACUGCUGGAAACACCCUCGCGUCUGCUCAGCAAGAACCGUCACCAGAGGGUAGUGUUGUUUCAGAUCCGUUCUCGCCGAAGUCCCCCACCUUGUUGAUGUCGCCGUCUGAGGCUACUGCAGACAAGGUAUAUGGCCCAACUGAUGGUGCUGCCGAUGACCAUGCGCUUCUCAGUGUAGAGGAGGCAGUGCAGAACGUCUCCCUGCAUUGA